UCGAGCCGGGAGACGGUGUUCGAACGUCCCUUCCAACACCGGGGGGAAAAAUUACAUAAAAAAUGCUUAGCUUUCUUAUCCGAUGUGCACAAUCUAUCUUCGCCUCUCUUCAAUCGCUGUAGAAUUUUUACCGUAAAAAAAUUAAAAACUUGAAGAUUGCACUUUAAAAAGAACUCUAGCUGCUGUCACGGGAGCCGGGGAAACAUACCCCGUUCUUGUCGCCCUUCGCUUUCCGGAUUAGUAGUGCAGGGUGUCAUGGCUUUCAAGGAACGCAACUUAUUUUUCACGUCCUCUGUAGAACUGUGAGUAGGUUUAACUUCCAAGGUGUACCGUUGCCUUAGUGAGAAAUAUUUGUGAACUAGUAUCAGCUACAAGUGCCACAAGCCCGCAAGAAGACGACGCGAGGGGCAGUUUAAACGCGCACCUUGCAUAUUUCGAAUGCAAAGUUGAUGGAGACGCGCACGGACAGCAGGUAUCGAGAUCGCUUUCGGGGAAUUGCGGCGCAAAUUCUGUCCUUAAGGAUUUUUCGUUUAGCUUUGAAUUCUAACUAAACUUUUUGACUAAUGCAUGUUUUUAAUGGCAACAAAAUACGCUUCCUUGUAAAAAUGUUUCCAUAAUCAAGCUUUACCUAAAAGUAAGUCGAAUUUAUGGUCGAGUUCAAGUGAUCGCUCCCAAGCUAUGGCGUGGAAUUAGACUGAUCAGAAGAGGGAUUAUCAUACUAAAUAUGGCAGUUUUCCUAGCGGACUACCGUCAGGAGACCUAAUGCAGCGCUGUUCUCCGAGGGGCGGUAGACCGCAGCAGUAGCCCCCCGGUGCUUGAUCAGUCUUUCGCUGGGUAGCGGAGCGCUGCAGGGCUUUAGGAUGAGCACGGAGCUGGAGCGCAUGUCCCUCAACUCGUCCUCGGCCAACUCGGUGGACUCCGCCGGCCGCUGUCUUUCGGCCAACGUCAGGAAGCUGCACAACUCGCUCAACCUGCUGCUCAACGACCCGGAGCGGGAGCAGUUCAUCCACUGCCUGAACGUGUACCACUUCAAGCGCAACGUCUUCGACCUGGUGCAAACUCUCAAAGUCAUCCUCAACACGGAGACCAAGCGGCAACUUCUGCCCAUGUUGCGCCUGGUCAUCCCUCGGUCGGACCAGCUCUUAUUUGAUCAGUACACAUCCGAAGGCCUGUACCUGAAAUCGGAUGUUAAUGCCAGAAGUAACGACCCCGACACCCCGGGCGAGGCGGGCAAUGGGAAUCUUAACGCGAACAAUCCCGGGCGACUCUCCGCGCAGACGGAAGAGAAGCGUCCCGGUUCGGCAUCUCCGCGAUUGUCUCCAGGCUGCUUCAGCACCACGAGCGAGGGGACAGCUCCCUCCUCGCCCCUUCCGUGGAGACCGUCCUUACAGGAUCUGCCCGCCGAGGUCCGUCAAGUAGCCAUGAAGCGCCACAAAAGCAACGAGGGUCUGGGCUUCAGCAUCCGCGGCGGCUCGGAGCACGGCGUCGGGAUCUACGUGUCGCUGGUGGAGCCGGGAUCUCUGGCCGAGAAGGAAGGACUGAGGGUCGGGGAUCAAAUACUGAAAGUAAACGACAAAGUGUUCGACAGAGUCACGCAUGCCGAGGCGGUCAAGGUCCUGAAGGGCUGUAAGAAGCUCACCAUGUCUGUGUGUUCCGUGGGCCGCAUUCCCGGGGGCUACAUCACCAACCACAUCUACACCUGGGUGGACCCUCAGGGCCGUAGCGUGUCCCCGCCCCCGGACCUGCCCGAGCACAGGAGCGCCACCGUGAGGCGGGCCGGCAGCCAGCCCCGCAGCCACUCGCAGCUGCUGCAGGAGGGCGACGAGAAGCGGGUGAACCUGGUCCUGGACGACGGGCGCUCCCUUGGCCUGAUGAUCCGGGGGGGUGCGGAGUACGCCCUGGGCAUUUACAUCACUGGGGUGGACCGGGGCUCCGCCGCAGAGUUAGGGGGACUCAAGGUAGGCGACCAGAUCCUGGAAGUGAACGGGCGCAGCUUCCUGAGCAUCCCCCACGACGAGGCCGUGCAGGUGCUAAAGACGUCCCGGCACCUGAUGAUGAUGGUGAAGGACGUGGGCCGCCUGCCACACGCCCGCACGAUCGUGGACGAGACCCGCUGGAUCCCCAGCUCCCAGAUCGCGGAGAGCUCAGCCAGCACAGUCAGCGGGCUGUCCUUGGACAAUGGCUCUUUGGCCUCUGGAAAGUCCAUGUUCUACAAGGGCAUGGCCGGCUCACAGGUGACGCUGAGCAGUCUGGUGAACCAGGCGCGGGCCUUGCUGGAGGAACAGGCUCGCCUGCUGCUGACGGAGCCAGAGAGGCAGACACUGAGCUACUACCUGGAGGAGUACCGGGAAGCCCACAUCGGGGUGGAGCAGCUCGUCAUGGCCCUGUUCGAGCUGCUCACCACUCACGCCAAGUUCUCAUUAAUGUCGGAGGUGCGCAGCCUGGUGGCUCCGCAUGACCUAGAGCGCUUUGACGGGCUGGUUCUAUACCACGAGAUCGAGGCAAUAAAGGCUCGCCAAGCAGGAGCCGAUUCCCUGAACGCCAACCCCUACUCCACAAUGGCCUACCGCGGCUGCCUGAGUUCACACUCCACCUUAAGGAAGUCCAGCACCAUCAGCUCAGUGCGGACCUGCAGCAGGCUGCACGGCAGCAGCGAGGCCCUGUCAGAGAGUCACAACGCCCUGCCGGACAUCUCUCUGGAUAACGUGCAGCCCACCAUUGAUUCCCCUCCGUCCUUCAAGCCACCCCCUCCCCCGACACUAUCAAAGCGCACCACCCAGCGGGCUCAGCCCCAGCGGCCCUCCUCAGCAUCUUCCCAGUCAGCACUGUUCUGUACGGCACCCUCUGCUGGCAGUUCCGCAGAGUGCAGCCACCCUUUUCCUGAGAAGGAAGCGUCCCCUCGGCAGACCCUGAGGAAUCGGCAGCCCCUCAAGACCUUUGCCUGCCCAGAGGCCCCCACCAAGGGCAACCCCGUGCCUGCUAGCCCUUCGUCUGGACUGCCAGGCUCUGCCUCGACUGCACCACAGUCCAGCCCCAGUAAGCCACCGUCCACAUCUCCCGCCUCCAAACCACGCUUCAUCAUGGUGGACGUGCACCGGCCCGGCAUGGAGCCGGGCACCAGUGGGGCUCAGCCGGUCCCACAAACGCGAGGGGCCGCCCUCUCGCAGCUGUCGGGCAGCGGUCAGACCCUGAGUGAGGACAGCGGGGUUGACAUCGCCGAAUCUGGAGGCCUGAGCAAGGAGAGCAGCCCCCGGCCUGGCAAGGCACGGCCAUCCCAUGAGCCGCAGCGAGUCAAGGGGCUGGGGACGGAGGCCGAGACCCAGUCGAUGGGGACACUAGAGCUGAGCUCCUCUCUGGUCCGUGUGACCCGGAGCGCCAGCACGCUGGGAAUCGCCAUCGAAGGCGGCGCCAACACCCGCCAGCCACUGCCUCGUAUCGUCACCAUACAGAAGGGCGGCUCUGCUUACAACUGCGGGCAGCUGCAAGUGGGUCAGGUAAUCCUGGAGGUGAACGGCGUGUCCCUGAGGGGGCUGGAGCACCAGGAGGCUGCGCGGCUCAUCGCCGAGGCCUUCAAGACCAAAGAGAGGGACCACAUCGAGUUCCUGGUCACUGACUUCAAUGUGGCCCUGUAGGGGGAGCCAGAGAGACAUUAAGCUCUUCACUGUUGGGAGAAGGGCUACAGCAAGACAUCUGAAAGCCAAGUGCUCUAUAUAACGAUUAAUGUAAGCCUGAAAUAUACAUUAGAACCAUUCCUCUCCUCAUCUACUUUUCCUCCUUGGUAUCAUGCGUGUAAGACCGACAUUUGCAUAUUUUGCAAAAGGUCACUGGAAAAGAGUGUAAUUAUUCUUUCAUUAUUUUCCUGCAGUGUUAGCAAUGGGACAGAACAGAUUUUUUGCACUGGUGUGGCUGAAAGCAAAGAUGAUGCCAAAUGUGUCUCAGAUAGCCUGCUUUAGCUCCACAGUGGGGACAGGGGACAGAUGGGUGUCCGUAAUCCAGUGGGGACAGGGGACAGAUGGGUGUCCGUAAUCCAGUGGGGACAGGGGACAGAUGGGUGUCCGUAAUCCAGUGAGCUCCUUUACUCGUUCACAGGCUGGUUUCCGAGCCCAGCUGUGGCACUGUAACUCGUCAGCAUCUGGCAGCUUUCUCUCAACACUCAUUGGCUGGAAGUGACUUCAACUCCACUGGAGCAGAGGUCACCGCUUCUUAAAGGUUACAGUGAUGUCUUACUGUAAUUCACUUAGCAUCUACAUUCAGACAUCAGGCAGUGAGGCCUACUGCAGUGUCUGACUCAUGCACCUGUGCUGCUUUUAUAGUCAAAUGACUGUUAAGUGACCGAACAACACAAAGUUUUUUUUUGUGGAGGAUUUUGCAAAACAUGUUCGCAUACAAUUCAGUCUGCACAAAUAGAUAAAGAGGAAUAAUUAGAGAGACAGGAAUAUCAUUCUUAAUUAAAUCUAUUCUGUUAUCUUUUUAAAAGGAUCGUUUAAAGCAGACCUUUUCAACUUUCUUCCCAACAGACACAUUUCCAUUCUACCUAAUCACUUAAGCACUCAGCUGAACUAAUUAUUUCUCAGAUUGAAUGAGUUUUGCUGUCUCCUCCAUUUAACUCUUUAAAGGGCACUUGAAAGCCUGACAGGAACAGAGCUGAGAUUUCCUGCUUUUAAGUAAAUGCAUUGCUGAGUGUAGUAGAAAUGUUUAAAACGAUUCCAACCCGAUUACCUUCACACUACCUGAAUUCGUUCUGUGCAAACUUUCAUUUGGAAGAAUCGUCCGAUUAUACUGAUCUGCAGUAAUUAUGUGUGUUAUAGGAAAUUAAAAAGCUGUGAA